AUGGCCCAAAUUACACAAUCACAAGCUGAUGUUGUUGCAACAACCCGACAGCCCGGUUUUGUGGGAUCACAGCACACGAGAGGUUCUAGUGGUGUAAUCGGUUUGCCUAGCGUAAUCGACCCAUCUCUUUUCGAUGAUUGCUUUGAUCUAAAUCAGUUCACUGCUAACGACUCUUUUACGAAUGAUAUCCUUAACCUCGAUAAUCCUGACUGGUCUGCAACAAAUGACCCUGACUUGACUGCCAAUGGCUCCGAUGCUAAGCAAUCCCAAUACACUGACCUCUUGCAGAAUGUUCAAUCUGAAAUUGGCUUAGGGAUAUCGCAUGCUCCACCUGAGGAGUCUAACAAUAUACAAUAUACGACCGAGCCCAAAUAUGAUCUUGAGGAUGUACUAAACUCGCUCGAACUAGUCUCUACGGAACCAUACUGUAAUGCACCUCUAGGGUCAAACGCCUGGGACCCAACUUCAUGGACAGUACCAGCAUAUGAUGGCGCCACCCCAGGGCUUUCAGCACUUCCUAGCGGCACUCAAUUUAUGCCGGAUAUGUCAAAAUAUCCAGUCAUUAGCCAAACACAACAGAUGUAUCCUGAUCCGUCUGCUGCACUAUAUCCGACUCAACCUUAUCAGCAAUUCUCACAGCAACAAUAUUCACGGCAAUACCUUGAAUACCCUCCAAUCCCAAUCGAGCACUAUAAGGCAGCAAGGCAAAUGGCAGCACAGCCAGUAAAAAAGCGGAAACGUUCGGCAUAUAGCACGGACUCUGAGGAUGACGCACCCGCUAACAGACGGCCACGAGAGGAUGAACUUGUAAAGAUCAUCGCGUCACCAGAUGCCUCCCGCAAACAAUCCAUGGUUUCCGAGGACGGUUCUCUAAGCCAACCCGUCGGCAGGGGCGUCUUGAAAGCUGGCGAAAAGCCAAAGAAAUGCGAGGAUAAACCUUGGGUCCGCAUUAAUCACACCACCAAGGGUGAAACGACUCGCACAGCUCGAAUCAAUCAGCACGCAGAGGAUGGUCAUAAAUACAAGACCAAAAAACUUCCUUAUGGUGACUGGGACUCGACACACUACACGUUUGAGUACAGCAAGAACAACGGUAUGCACGAAUUUAAGAAGCGCACCAUGUCUGCACGUCAGAUCCACGAGUACAUUACACAGUAUCCCGGCGAUAAUCUCCGUAUCUGGAUCCAACCAGUAGCUUCUGAUUCAGCUCGUCGAUAUGCAUCUGCGUCCCAUAGCCAUUGUCGAUUCGAGAAGUGCCCAAUGCGCAAGUACACUGGCAAGGGAACAGCAGAAGUAGGCAACUAUCGAGUUGCCUUUGACGAGAAGCACAAGACAUAUGGACCGGGUGUAGUUGAUCCAUAUGAUUGCGUUGGCUACGUCCAUCUGUACUGCAUGGAGCGCUUCCUAGACUUUGCCUACAUUUGCCAGAUUGCAGAUGUCAGAGUGGACCAGCGUGUGAGCAUGGAGAAGGAACCAAAAGGGCAUUUUGCGUCUGCAUUUGGCCCCAAGCACCAUCAUGAAGCAGCUGUAGCGAAGAAGUUUAUCAACGCUGCCAGGAGAGGCCGGCUUGCCGAGACACCUGAGUUUGCAAACUACCCUGUUCAUGAAGAAUAUGCUCGGGGUGCGCCUAAGCCACAUGAACGCACGCUCGUUCACGCUCUAUACGACAUGAACAUUAAACACCGUGCAAAGUCACAGAUGAAGCAAUUUAUUCUCCAACGCACGAUUCGACCGGGAUCCUUUACUGUGCACCGCGGUGACAUGGAGGUAAAACUUGUGGAUAAGAAGAUCGAGCGGCUUCCUGCUUUCAAGGAGUUCCUCAAAGACGGAUCGAAAAAGGACUUUGACUACUCAGCUUACUAUGACAAGUUUCAUCCAGAGAUUAAGGAACGAAUCAAGGAAUGCAUGAUCCUCCGGGAGCAAUUAAUCUCUGAAGGCGGAGACGAGAGUACCAGCAAGCGCUCUCGACGACCCCGACGCAACUCACUCGAAGAUUCAGAAGACGAAAUCGUCGUCCCUUCCAAAAAGCCAAAGAAGCGUAGUAGAGUCGAUGAUUCAGAUUCCUCCGACUCCUCCCCUCCAACCCGCAAGUCUCGCUCCAAAAAGCCUUCAAUCAACUUCAACGUCUCCUCCCCCCUCCAGCCCCAAGAACCUCCCCCAUGCCGCCCCAGCUCUCUCCGCCAAAAACCUCGCCUCAACUACUCAGAACCCCACGACACCAUGCCCUCCCCUCGCACUACCACUAACAGCGCCUCAGCAUCUACUUUCUCCCCCUCAUCUACCGUUCCCCAACCCGCUCUCUCAUCCCACGCCCCAUCCGUCUCCACCACCACCCCACCCCCCGCCUUCUUCCCAACCAACGAAGCCCGCAAAGAAAGCUGCACCGCUCUCUUCCCCGUCACCGACGCCGACUGGGCGAACUUCGAUCUCGCCCCGCUCGACGGCACCGAAUCGUUCCUCACACAAGCUCAGAUUGAUGCUCUGCUUAAUGCCGCGUAUAGGCGUAAGUCGAGUACGUUGAGUGUGGGGCCGAUGGGCCUGCCGACGCCGGUUACAUCGCCGCAGAUUAAAAAGUUGCUGGGAGCGCCGUCAUCGCCGCUGGGAGCUCAGACUGAUGCAGCGAAGCUGCGCAGGGCGAGUUUUAAUGCGAAGCCCGUGUCGGGGUGUAGGGAGUUUAGGGUUGAGGAUCCGCCGGUUUGUGUGGCGGAGGGGAGGGAGUUGAGGAGGAGUAGUAGGAGGGGGAAGGGGGAGAAGAGUUGA